AUUGGCGACAAGGCCCGCAUGCAGUUUUUUCCCUCUUUACACAAGAGCGGACAAAGGUUUUCGUCGUGAAGGUAAAACUCUCUGCUUGUGCACUAAAUAGACACGACCUCGUGGUUCAUAUCGCGCUCAUUGCAUAUACGGAACAAGAGGAACUUUCGACAAGAUGGGUUGUUGUUCGUGCAAUGGCUACGUGACUUCGUUCACGGAGUUCAUCGAGACCCUGAAGUUCCAGCCGGCGAGCAGCAAAAAGGACGCGAAGACCCGGUUUAAGGAAUACCUCUCUUUCUCCUGGAGCAAGGAUGAGAACGCGCUCGCAUACGAAUUCGGUAUGGCCACGAUUUUUUGGAUGCAGGUGGUCUACCAGGUCUUUGUGGGCAUCGCGGUGCUGGCGCUCUUCGGCGGGCAUUUAGUUGGACACGUUUUGGGACAGGUACUUAUAAUUCUGAAAAGAAAGCAAUAGCAAAAAUCCUGAAUUACUACAACGUGCAACGAUCCUCAUUUUCUUUCUUCGAAGUUACGAAUAUCAGAACCAAGAGAGCACAGGAGGACGCAUGAUGACCACAAAGAACGCGGAAUACAUCAUAAUCCAGGUAGUCGCCACCGUUCUCCUCGGCCUUUUCUUCACCCACCUCUUCUGGUACGCCAUCGUGAAAGAGAAUUGUUGUUGCCUCCCGUGCUGCGUCGCCUUCUUGGGUGUCCUUUAUUACCUCGGCCUCCUCAUGUCGGUGGGGGCGCUGACCGCGUUAAUGCUAGGUUACACGGCCGCGAAAAGCCAGAUUGUGAUCGGCACGGCCGUGGUCGAUUGCCUGCUCGCGGGGUAUGGAUUGCAAAUAUCUCUGGGUCUGGAAGCUUGUAAUGCUAAAAGUGCAUGGUAGAGGCACUGCAAUACGCAGUUAUGCAUGACAAAUUUUUUGGCUCCCAUGUCUUACGUAUUCCGCAUCGGAAACUUAUUGCGUUUUUGCAUGACAGGUAAGAAGGAUGAAAUGAAAUUUUGCAUGAAAAGUAAUAUCCACGUAUUUUUCGCGUGGUUGCUCAUGGUGGAGCCGGCGCCUGUACCCUUGAGCAACCAACUAAGACGCGGAAAAUAGCGAGCACUCUACCUCCGGUUUUCUCGACUAGCUACGACACUAGGUUUUCCUCUUCCCCUCCCGCUGCCAGUUUCCCUUGUUGUUUUCUACAGCCCGGCUGUCUGUUUUGUAUGUUGUUCAGGGUUACUGGCACUUUUGUAUGCGAGGGCUCCUGCCUUCUGGGAAUGAAAACUUGGCUUGCGCCGCUGUUGCGCGUCGUAGUGGUCUCUACUUGGCAUGACAUGCAUUCACUUGCCACUUCUUAGGGUGGCAGAGAAAACCAUCGAGUUAGAGACGGUACAGGCAGAAGUGGAUUGACCGGUCUAGUGAUAGAAAUUUUGUGUAGCGCUUUAGAUUUUUUAUGGGCUUACCGUUCAGGGUUACAACUAAAUUCCACCCUGGCUUCACCUUGUGUAGCAGACUGGCCUAGUUUGUCAUGCUUUUUGUGGUCUUUGGUUUGGUCAUGAUGUUCUCGUUUGUCCAUCCGGGUUCCUGCUUGCCCGUUUUUUCACCAGAGUUUCACUCUCUACAUAUAUUUACUUGCUCGGCCAUUUGCAUGCACGUCCUUGCUUGAUUCUUCAUGCGCGCGCUCCCGCGUUCAGGACAUUUUACUCUGCUACGCAUAGGUGUGUCCACUUUUUAGGGUGUUUCUUUCGUAAGUGGGGCUGUGUCUUAGUAUCUCGCUUCUCACUUUUCUACCUUUCUUUUUUCUCCCUCGGUGCUAGUUGAUGGCGUUGCGCAGAACUAUUUCUACUUGGGCACCCACACAUCUUCCGUCGCAGCCGUCCCAGUAGAUGCUGUGGUUGUUCUUCGGUAGAAAUCGCACUGCCCAAUAAAUUCCGCUAGAGUUUACCGGGUAUGCGGCUACUGUUUGUCGAAAUAAUUUACAUGGGGACGCCCUGCCCUUAGCCUUCCAACAUGACAGGUAAGAAGGCCUACUUUUCGUGCCUAGGAAACACAGAUGCGCGAGUCAUGCCAGACAAGCAUGACAAACUUGCAUUCUUCCAGACCCAGACACUUUUGCAUUUGAUACGGGGUACUCCAUUCCCAUGGCCCACGCCUGCUUCGGGAUGUACUCCGAACGAAAAGCCGACGUAUCCUGUGCAAAAGUAUCAUACUCGUUGUAGUCAUUGCAUUUAUGCAUUACAAAUCUCUUUCUCAAGGUGAAUCAGCAUUACAAAUUCAAUUUGUAAUGCUGAGCUAAUUUGUAAUGCAAUUUAUACUAGAGCGAUGCUUUUGCAGUUCAUACGACGCCGCCGGAGACAAGCUGUUGCCGAAGUAGUAAGAAG